AUGCAGUCGGACGAGCGACCUGCGAAGAUGCGCAAACUUAGUCACGGGUCACCAAGCGAAGAUCUUGCCAUGUCAGCGACAGCCCGAGGACUGAGCGACAAUGGCUCUCUUGCUCAUACUGCUCCAGGCCCAUCUGUAUCGUCGACUCAGGAUGACAAUGGAGACACUACAACUGACGAACAGCCACCGCUGUCUAAAAAUGCACAGAAGAGACUCCGCAAGAAGCAAGAAUGGGAAGCUAAACGCGAAGACCGCAAAAUGAUCCGCAAGGAGAAGCUGAUCGCUAAGCGCGAACGAAAGCGAGAAGCACGUCAGUUGAAUGGCGAGUCCGCACCUCUUCCGGUUACCAAGAAACUGAAGCAGCAAAAGCCGAUGCAGCUGCCAGUAACCUUUCUGAUCGACUGUGACUUCGAUGAUCUCAUGAAAGAUAAUGAACGAAUCUCAUUGGCCGCUCAAAUCACUCGGUGUUACUCCGACAACAAGAAAAGUAUGUUUCGAGCUCACCUAGCCGCGUGCAGCUUUAAAGGUAAGUUAAAGGAGCGCUUCGACAACGUUCUCACUCACUACAAAGAGUGGCGCGGGGUCCGGUUCCUUGAUUGCGACUUUGUGCAAGCUGCUGAGGAAUCCGCAACUUCGAUGGUGGACGAGAGCCGCGGCGGAAAGCUUGCUGCGUCUUUCUCUUCCUACGCAGAACUUGACGACGAAGCUCAAGGGAAGCUGAGAACAGAGGGCGAGGUCGUCUACCUCACUUCCGAAGCCGACGACACGUUGUCUGAGCUCAAGCCGUACAGUACGUACAUCAUCGGCGGACUGGUAGACAAGAACCGUGAGAAAGGUCUCUGCUACAAGCGUGCCAAGCAACGUGGUAUCAAGACAGCGAGGCUACCAAUUGGCGAAUUCAUGGAGAUGCAAAGCCGGAAGGUGCUGGCUACCAAUCACGUGAACGAGAUCAUGUUGAAGUGGCUGGAGUGCGGCGACUGGGGCGAAGCGUUCGUGCAAGUUAUCCCGAAACGGAAAGGCGGGAAGCUCAAGGCAGCAUCUGAGCAAGCGGACGAUGAUGAGCAUGCAGAUGGCGUUCUCGACAACAACGAGGACAUGCCGAAGGAUGGUGUCCAAUCGGACCUCGACCCUGGUGCAGAAGGCCCUGAGUUGGGUUUGACCUCGGGAGCUAAUCAGGCGAACGACGACCACGCCAACGGCGUGAACUACAAAGACAUAGAUUCGUCGGAUCACCGUCCUCAACCAGCUUCCGGACCCGAUGCAGAGCGUUUUGCAGCCGAUGCUGUUUCGAUGGGUUGA